UUUUAACUCUCGCUUUCUCCAAGUCAGACUUCUCCACCAUUACCUCUGUUGUUUCUUGACCCUUUUUUACCUUCUUCUCAAUUCAAUUCAGGGCAACAACAGCACCCAAAGCUUUCUAGACUACGUUUCUGCUAGCCCAACCAUCUCAUAAUUUUCCAUGUUUACCAAUGCGAUUUACAUCUCAAUCAGGGGUUCUGGGUUUAUCUCCACAACCAAUUAAUGAUCUUACAAUCCGUUUCUGCGAGUUUCGACUUCUCGCAGCAGCCUCUUUUUGUGCACUGCCCAUGUGGAAAUUCCGCCAUUACAAACAGCAGUUGGGUUCGUUCUUCAGCUGCUGGAAGAAGAAGGAAGCAGGUACUUAUAGCCAGUUAUCGGCGCAAAGGCGUUAGAAGAAAACUGGGUUUUACUGCUUGUGCGAUUUCCCCAGAUGGGUCGGGCACUAAUAAUAUGAAUAUAGAGAUUGCAAAUUCAACUAGAAGGGCCGCCAAGAACUCGGUGCUGAAGCGUUUUUCAAGUGAAUUGGAUGCGCUCGAUGAGUUUUCGGAUGAGUCACAGAUUCAAAUGGGUUCCAAUUUCACAGGUUUUCAAGAAGACCCUUUUGUUAAUAAGCUUAGGACUCAGCUAGGAGUCAUACACCCAAUGCCGUCGCCUCCGAUAAACCGAAACAUUGUGGGGUUGUUUGUCUUCUUCUUUUUUGUGGGGGUUGGGUUUGACAAGUUCUGGACUUCAAGGAAGAAAAGCAAGCGGGGAAGUGAGAAUGGUCUGAGGGAGGCGUGGCCGCAAGUGCCUACCAGCUUCUCAUUGUUUUUGGAGAAGGAUUUGCAGAGGAAGGAGUCGGUGGAAUGGGUGAACAUGGUUUUGGGGAAGCUCUGGAAGGUUUACAGAGCCGGGCUUGAGAAUUGGCUCAUUGGCUUGCUUCAGCCGGUUAUUGAUAACUUGAAGAAGCCUGACUAUGUUGAGAGAGUUGAAAUCAAGCAGUUUUCGCUGGGGGACGAACCAUUGUCUGUUAGGAAUGUCGAAAGGAGAACAUCCCGUCGUGUCAAUGAUCUACAGUACCAAAUAGGUCUACGUUAUACUGGUGGAGCUCGUAUGCUGUUAAUGCUUACACUGAAAUUUAGCAUUAUUCCCAUUUAUGUGCCAGUCGGUGUUCGAGAUUUUGAUAUUGAUGGAGAGCUUUGGGUCAAAUUACGGCUAAUACCAACAGCGCCGUGGGUGGGAGCUGUUCAAUGGGCUUUUGUCUCACUUCCCAAGAUCAAAUUUGAAUUGUCACCAUUCCGCUUGUUCAACUUAAUGGCAAUCCCUGUUCUAUCAAUGUUUUUGACUAAACUUCUCACAGAGGAUUUACCUAGACUAUUUGUACGCCCAAAAAAGAGUGUUUUGGAUUUCCAGAAAGUAAAAGCAGUUGGCCCUGUAGGAGAUGAUUUCAAGUCAGGGGACAUGCAAGAAGGAAACAAGGAUUUUGUUGGAGAAUUAUCAGUGACCCUUGUAGAUGCUCGGAAGCUUUCCUAUGUCUUUUAUGGCAAAACAGAUCCAUAUGUUACGCUAAGCUUGGGUGAUCAGAUUAUAAGAAGUAAAAAGAACAGUCAAACUACUGUUAUUGGGCCUCCUGGUGAACCAAUUUGGAAUCAGGAUUUUCAUAUGCUUGUAGCGAACCCUAAAAAGCAAAAACUAUACGUCCAAGUCAAGGAUUCUCUUGGAUUCACAGACUUAUCUAUUGGUACAGGAGAGGUUGAUCUUGGAUCUCUUCAAGACACUGUACCAACAGACAGGAUUGUGGUACUCCAAGGAGGUUGGGGACUGUUUAAUAAGGGGUCUUCUGGUGAGAUACUACUACGACUGACGUAUAAAGCGUAUGUUGAAGAUGAAGAGGAUGACAAAACUGCAGCGGAUCCUAAUGAUACUGAAGAUGAAGAUGAUGAGUUGUCUGAUUCUGAUGAAUCAAGUGCUUAUGAGAAGGAUAAAACGGAGUCUGCAAAUGAAACAGACAAAGAGUCCUUUAUGGAUGUUCUAGCAGCUUUAAUCGUGAGUGAGGAAUUUCAAGGGAUAGUGGCAAGCGAAACAGGAAAUACCAAAGUUUCAGACGAUUUCUCCAAUACAGCUUCAAAAACGUCUAGAUUACGUGGUCUUGAUGCCGAAUCAGUGCCUUCAAAUUCUAAUAAUAGUUCUGAAGAUUCUCGAGGCUCACCCUUAUUUUGGCUCGCCGUAAUUACCAGCAUAUCGGUACUAAUUGCUAUCAACGUCGGUGGUUCAAGUAUUUUCAAUCCUUGAUACAAACCGCGUUGAGAAGAACUAGAUCUCAGUGCUUGCUUUUGAUCCAAGUCAGGCAAUUAUUUCUGGUUCCUAGAAGAUUGACUAGCACCAAUUCAUUGUAUAUUUGUGAUUAUUGCAGAGGAAUGUUCCAUCGGCGGGAUUUUCUUUUUCUUUUUC